CCAUCAUUAUUUGUACAUAUGAAAACAAUCGGUUUUCCUGAAGUUAUCCAAAGAAGAUAAUUCAAUAAAUACAUACGGUUCAUUGAACUGAAGAUAUUUCAUAUGGUACGUUAUGCAAUAAAUUUUUUCGGCGUACGGAUACUAUUACUACUGGUAUAUAGAUAUGUAUGAUAUUAUACAUAUAUAUAUAACAUGUGUCGUAUGUGCAUCGAUAUCUCAGUGAUUAAUAUCAUUAUCAUAAUCUUCUAACUGUUUCGUAAUAACCUUUUCGCAAAUUCUUACAACUCCUAAAAGUUCAUUUGAUUCGUAUAAUAUAUUAAUUGCAGCAUUAAUUAUUUCGCAAUGUUAAAUAUAUUCGCGCGAUCCGUUUCCGCCACUGUAAACCUAUACCUCGCAGUGCACAAACUGUAAUUACAAAGAAAACAAAUCCUACUCUAACUUAUUCAUAAUUUCAGUACUUGUCACGGGCCAAUGCUUCUUAUUUCUCUUUGCUUUUCAGUGUCACCCGAAAGCGCACUUUUUCACAAACUAUAAGAUUUCCACGUAACGUAGCACCAUGUGAUUGUUAAUAUCGUUAUUAUGCACUGGAGCUCUGACGGUCACAAGAGAGACAGACAGAUAGACAUAAGGUUUAUUUGAUCGCGGAGAAAACUCCAUAGCGACUACAGGCAAGAACAUGCAAUAUUUCACCUUGCGAAAAUAGUAAGCAAUCGUUUUUUACAGUCAAAAGUUAAUUACACUGAAAAAAUUCCAAGAGUAACAAUAAACAAGAUAAGGUUAGUUAAUUUAUUAACGAAGUAAGUAGGUAAGACUAGGAGAUUAAAUUAACGUAAAUAUUUGGUGUGCAUCUGUUAACAAGAGUACACGAUCGCGCCAGACGUGUAAUGGCAUACGCAGGCUAGACCUAUAAGAUGGCUGGACCAGUGAGCGGAGAGGCUGCCAGCGACUCCUCGGAACGCAGGACUUUCAGGCGUACCAUUCGAAAGUCUGAUAGAGUUUCAGCAGUGGUGACAACAGCUGGCACAGAAUUCGAAAAUUGGAUUCCUGUGAUCAGAAAAGACCUAUCAAGUGUGACAGUCCGGGCUGGUGGACGAUUGACACGCCCGGUCAGUCCUACUGGCGUUGCGACGCCUCGUCGUACUGGGACUCAAAUGCAAUUUGCCCGUGAAAAAAGCAUAGGUAGCAUAGCACCAAGGUGCCUAUAGAAAUCACAUCCAAUUAGAAAAGGUCGACGAUUGGCCGAUGUGACCCAUCCGAGUCGACGUCUGUGAUGCCAAAUGUGGACAUUACGUGGCAGUCGAAGCAGAAAACGAACGCCGUUGUUUAAUGAUUGGGUUAACUUAUUUUCUGGCACUAGUAAAUUAUAGGUUGGCGCCUGGCGACAGUCGUCAACCAGCCGAAAAACUGCAGUAUGAGUCCCCCCAUUCAUACACGGAAGCCAAUUAUUCAAGGGUCAAAGACACUGGUGGCUCUAAGAAAAUCAAUGAUUUGACUGUAGACAAUGAGCUGUAAUACCUCAGAGAGAGAGAGAGAGAGAGAGAGGGAGAGAGAGAGAUGGGUCGGUAAUCAGAUGUCACUGUCGGAUUGCGCACUUUUGAUAUUGGCGUGACAAAAGAGGAUUUUCAUAAUGCGGGGAAGUCUGCAGCGGCUAGGAAGGUAUUAAGAUGUAGUGUCACUGUGGGAAGUAACAAUGAUUUGAAAACGUUAUAAGCUUGGAUGGGUAAAUUGUCUGGGCCGAACGCAGAGAGAGAGAGAGAGAGAGAGAGAGAGAGAGAGAACGCUAUAAGACCACUGCAUCAAAAACCAGUGUCACGUGGCUAAAUCGUAAAUCUGCAUGUAAAUAAAGAAGCAAAAUGAAAAGCAUACAAUAAAAGAAAGUAAAUCGUGAUCGAUUAUACAAUAUUAUAGGCUGGGACGUGAGUAACGCGGUGCACAAAUAUGCACGAGCGUGUGCGUUGCGGUUGGGGGGGAUAAUUAAUGGCCGAUUAAAGUGUCAUCGAGAGGAGCAAAUAUUUAACGAGUGACUUCUACUAGCACUCGGGAACCCGAAAGGCGGAGCUUAGAAGACGAUGUACGUGUGCCGCACGCGUCUCCCCUACCAUCGUCCGGAUGUCACUUACACCAGAGCCAAAAACAAACACCGCUCAGAAAAUUAGAUCAUCGGUUUCUUGGUUUUUUUUGGCGCUGUGGGGAGGGAGGAUUUUUUUUCGCGAAAUUCACACAAUUCCAUAUAUAAUCGAUCGUUUGAAUUUAUCGUCUUUCGUCUCUUUGUCUAGUCAUAUUCUUCGUAUCGGGAUUCUGCUUAGCGAUACUCACGUGCAUCGGGUAAUUCAAAAACGAGAAGACUUCGAGGUGGCCAUGAGAAACUCGUCGAUGGUGAUAGACUACUUGGUCUUCGUCGUCUUCAUAGUCGGGUCUUUCAUCGUCCCGCUGUGGGAGAAGUUUCGCACGAAGACGACGGAAACCAAAGCGGACUAUGUAUUCGCCUUGGGAAAGGUCUCCAUGGGCGCCAUGAUGCUGUCAAUCGCCAGGGGGACUCUCGGCGUCAGAUCGUUCCUUGGCUACCCUUCUGAACUGUAUUACAGGGGUAGCGCCAUGUGGGAGACUCUCUACGGGAUGCUCCUGGCUUACCCCAUCGUCUGCUAUAUAUUUGUUCCUGUCUACUACAGUCUUGGGAUUACAUCGGUCUAUCAGUAUUUGGAUAUGAGAUUCAAUUCCAAACUGGUCAGAUGUCUUGCUAGUUUCUCUUACGUGAUCCGCAGCUUACUCAAUCUUGCUGUGACCGUAUUUACUCCUUGCGUCGCUCUCAAUACUGUUAUUGGUCUUCCGUAUUGGGCCAGCAUCACUUCUAUCACUACGAUAUCGGUUCUCUUUACCAUCAUGGGAGGACUCAAGGCUGCUAUUCUCUCGGACGUCAUUCAGGGCCUCACUAUGAUUGGCGUAUCAGUUGCGAUAAUUAUACAGGGUGUCGUUGACGUUGGUGGUGUCGGACCUGUACUGAACGUCACUUACGAGCGAGGCCGUCUUGACUUCUUCGACUUCAACUUGGACCCGACUAUUCGUGUGACGACGGUGUCUGCAAUAAUUGGACAGCUGUUUAUGAGUCUCUCGGUUUUUGGCUGUCAACAAAAUUUCGUGCAGAGAUACUGCAGUAUGAAUAGCCAGAGAGAAGUUGUCAAGACUAUGAUGGGGAACGUUCCCGUGAUCACGGUUUUAUUUUCCCUCUCUUGGGUCGUCGGGAUGGUCAUCUUCGCCAACUAUGCGGACUGCGAUCCUAAGAGUCUUGGGUACAUCUCAAAAUUCGACGAGAUCGUCCCUUUCUAUGUAGAGGAUAAGUUCAUCUACCUGCCAGGAUUGUUGGGACUUGUAAUGGCAACGCUGUUCAACAGUGCGCUCACCUUGGCCGUGUCCAAUCUCAACUCUUUGGCGACCGUAACCUUCGAAGACUUCCUCGGACAGAUUCCUGCCCUGAGUGGACUCAAAGAUAAGCACCAGUUGCGCGCCAUUAAAAUUAUCGGCGUCAUAUAUGGAUUCAUCAUAAUGGGCGUCAGCUUCCUUGUCGGCAUGUUAUCCGGAGUUAUAGAAUCUUCCAUGCUGAUGACCUCAGCGACCUCCGGACCUUUGCUCGGUGUCUUCUUACUGGCCAUGCUGGUGCCCUGCGCCAAUUGGAAAGGGGCAUCGGCUGGGAUGAUCUUCAGCCACGUGACGACCCUCUGGAUCACCUUCGGUAGUCUCACCAUUACCAAGAACGUCGAGAUGCUACCCCUCUCGACCGAGGGAUGCCGCAAUGACACCAUAUCGCCUUUCGUCGUCCAACCAGCUACGAUCAAAUCGUACCUGACGCACCAUACGAACGUCACUUCUAGUUCAGCAAGUACAAUGAUGAUGUCGACGACGCAGAGCACGAUCCUUGGGUCCAGCGAGGAACUCUCACCUCUGGACUAUCUUUAUAGUAUCACGUAUAUGUAUUAUGCCUUUAUUGGCAGCUUCACUACUGUCUUCGUCGGCAUCGUCGUCAGCCUCUUGACGGCCGAUCCGAAGAACGACAUCUACGAGGAACAUCUUCUUCAUCCGCUUGUUCUGAGGUUGUCCCGAUGGUUCCCCGGUAAACCAAGGCUCUACGCCGGCACGAAGCAUCUGGACGAGAAUGAAGAUUCCACGAAGAGCAGUAAUUCCGCAAAUGUCAAUCGAAAUGUUAAUUCUGACAAUUCAAAUUCAAAUAAUGCAAAUGGCACUAAUAAUACUGGAGCAACGGAGAAGACAUUUCCGGGACGUGUCGGUGAGGAUGGGAAGAUCAAUCUGAACGAGACCUACGCGAAUAAGCUGAAUGCCUUUAAGGACAUCUCCCUUGAGGUAGCCAAUGAGAUAACAAAGGACUCGAUAACGAGGCUCUGAUGACAAGAUCAGUGCGAAAGUGACGCAACUAAGAAAAAUCGAAUUAUUUUUGCUCGAUUGACUCUCUUGCGCAAUUUCUUCUGUGCCGGAAGUAAACUGACCUUGAGUAUGCCUUGGCACGUACUUAAAUUCUCAUUAGUGCUAAUUAACAAAAAAAGAAACUGUCGCAUUGUGAAUUGGGACUAGCGAGCUGUAAGAUAUAGUCACUACAAUGUGUGAUUGUGUUGAUAAAUACUCAUCGAUUUCUUGCUGCGCGUCGGUAUCAUAUGACUGAGAAAUCAAAGUUCGAAGAAGCAGAAUAGAAAAUCGCGCGGCAAAUAGUAAUUAAUCAUCUGAACGUGUAUUCAUCGCGUAUUUAUAACGUUCGGUAUUAUAGAGAAAAAAAACUGGUAAUAGGAAAUCAGUUUUUUUUUUCAAGAUUCACGGUACAAAAAAGUUCUUUCUAGUUUUUGUUACACCGUGGCUGAGCCGUUACCCUUUAUAAUUUACCUUAUAUUAUGAAAUUAGUUUAGUCACUUGGUUAGGCGUCGACGCAUGUUUGCGAACUUGUUUGAUUUUUGUACGAACGAUAUCUACUCUCAUCCCAAAUUUCCUCGAUUUCUCGUGGAUAGUGCAUUUUAUUGAUUUUACGUAACCGUAUAUAUAGGACCCAGGACGUCUUCAGUGGCAAGCCGACCUUCAUCAACAUUCUAGCCACUGAAAGUAGCACUUCUUUUUCGUUUAUCUACUUCGCGAUAUGUAAAUAUUAUAAAUACGCAUAUGCUCAUUAAUAAAAAUAUAAUUAAAUAUAUAAAUUUGAAU